GAAUUCGGAGCUGGGGCACUCCACUGUCAGGCUGCAAAUCAAGCAGAUGUGCUUGCUGUGAAUUUCUGUAGUGUCCGGACCAUUUUUUGUGCUGAAGGUGAUAACACCUUCCUUCCUCUGUGAUUUUUUUUCUUUUAUUUUGCAUUCUUCAUAAAGGGAAUGAAAUGGAGAAGUUGAAAAAAUAUGCAUCAGUGAAAGAUGAAGAUCAGUUUUAUCACCAGGGAGCCGUGGAGUUGCUAGUCUUUAACUUUCUGCUCAUUCUUACCAUAUUAACGAUUUGGUUGUUUAAAAACCAUCGAUUCCGCUUUCUGCAUGAAACUGGAGGAGCUAUGGUUUAUGGCCUUGUAAUGGGAUUACUUAUACGAUAUGCAACAAAAGCAUCAGACGUUGAAAGCGGAACUGUUUAUGAAUGUGAAAAGCUGGAAUCUGGGCCAUCCACCCUACUUAUCAAUAUAACUAAUCAGGUCUAUGAAUACCAAUACAAAAGAGAGAUCAGCCAUCACAAUAUCAAUGGUCACCAGGGCAAUGCAAUGCUUCAAAAGAUGACAUUUGAUCCUUCCAUAUUCUUCAACAUUUUGCUGCCACCCAUUAUAUUUCAUGCUGGUUAUAGUUUAAAGAAGAGACAUUUCUUUCGUAACUUAGGAUCAAUUUUAACCUAUGCCUUUUUGGGAACUGCCAUCUCCUGCAUUGUCAUAGGGUUGAUAAUGUAUGGUUUUGUGAAGGCCAUGGUACACAUUGGCCAGUUAAAAGCAUGGGAAUUCCACUUCACUGACUGUUUAUUUUUUGGAUCACUGAUGUCUGCCACAGAUCCAGUGACAGUCCUUGCUAUUUUCCAUGAGCUGCAUGUGGACACAGAUUUGUACACGCUACUGUUUGGAGAGAGUGUUCUAAAUGAUGCUGUGGCUAUCGUGCUGACAUACUCUAUAUCCAUUUACAGUCCUAAGGAGAAUCCUAAUGCGUUUGAUGCUGCUGCUUUCUUCCAGUCAGUGGGAAAUUUCCUGGGGAUCUUUGCUGGAUCAUUUGCUAUGGGAUCUUCUUAUGCUGUUGUCACAGCUUUACUGACAAAAUUUACAAAGCUGUGUGAGUUCCCCAUGCUGGAGACAGGUCUGUUUUUCCUCCUAUCUUGGAGCGCCUUCUUAUCAGCAGAAGCUGCUGGUCUCACAGGUAUCGUUGCAGUCCUUUUCUGUGGAGUCACGCAGGCCCACUAUACCUACAACAAUCUGUCAUCAGAUUCCAGGAUGAGAACUAAACAGUUGUUCGAGUUCAUGAAUUUUUUGGCUGAGAAUGUCAUCUUCUGUUACAUGGGACUCGCACUAUUCACAUUUCAAAAUCAUAUCUUCAAUCCUCUUUUUAUUUUUGGUGCAUUUGUGGCAGUUUUUAUAGCAAGAGCUUGCAACAUAUAUCCACUUUCUUUCCUUUUGAAUUUGGGUCGAAAACAAAAGAUUCCCAGGAACUUUCAACACAUGAUGAUGUUUUCAGGAUUACGUGGUGCAAUAGCAUUUGCAUUGGCUAUUCGAGACACAGGAUCCCAGCCCAAACAAAUGAUGUUCACAACAGCACUGCUUAUUGUGUUUUUCACAGUCUGGGUAUUUGGUGGAGGCACAACACCAAUGCUCACAUGGCUUCAGAUCAGAGUUGGUGUAGAUCCAGAUGAAGACCUCAAAGGACAAGCUGCAAGCCAGAGUACAUCUAACUCGGAUAAAAAUACAACCAAAGCUGAGAGCGCAUGGCUGUUCAGAGUAUGGUAUGCCUUUGAUCACAGAUACCUAAAACCUAUUUUAACCCAUGCUGGUCCACCUCUCACAACGACAUUACCCGAAUGGUGUAAUCCUGUUGCCAGACUUCUGACCAGCCCCAGUGCAUACGGAGAUCAACUGAAGAACGAGGACACCGGUUAUAUCAUAAAUAAUGAUGAAUUGAGUGAAAACUACGAAUCCUCUGCUCAUGCACCAGUGCCAACACAGGACAGAGCAGGCUGCACCCAGGCUACAGGCAAGGAAGAUAUUUGUGAAGGAGACCUUGGAUUAGGAACAUACAAACUCCAGCUUGAACACACAUAAUGUCAAAGUCAGCUAAAUUCACUGGCAUGAACAGUAAUUUUAAAUUGAAAAAAAAAAAAAAAAGUAAACCAAAGAAAGAAAAGAUACUACAUGAGCAAGAGACUAGAAAGUGUACUAAGCACAAAAACCUUAUAUCUUACCAAGUAAAUUCCUGUUCCUCUACAUAAAGUUUACCAUCAUUUAUAUAACUAC